AUGUCCGUCGGUGACAGCGUCCAGCUGGCGUGCCGUGAUUCGCUGCUGCCGUUCCUGCAGCAGGAGGCGCGCGCAGCUGGCGGAGGGGGAAGCGGGGGAGGGGGAGGGGCGGGGUCGGAUGGGGGAGAGCUGAAGCUUCUGGAAGUGGACGAGUCGAUGCUGGCGGAGCUGCUGAGCGAUGGAUGGGUGGAGAGUGGUGAAGAGAAAGCGCGAGGAGAGGAGGAGCAGCUGGUGUUGAGAGGAGAGAAGAGCAGCAUCAACACUGUGCAAAUCGGCGACACGUGGCGCGGCGUCGAUCCCGCAUACCUCGCCUCGCUCCUCCACCUCCUGCUGCUGACGGCAGCAGCCAAUGACUGGCCGCCACGUGCCAUUCCUGAGGCUGCUACCGUGGCUGCUAUGUGCGGGGAAGGGGGGAAGGGGGAAGCGGGGAAAACGGAAGGGGGAGAGAGGAUGAGGGGAGAAGGUGAAGGGGAAGAGGGGGAAGGGGAGAGAAGGGAGGGUCCGAGGGCAGAGCUGGUGAGGCACUGUCUGAAGGUGUUUGGUAAGAGGAGGAGGAAGGGGAGGAGAGAAGAGUGGGAGGAGGCAAGGAGCGUCAGAGUGGGGGGAAGUGGAGCGGACGAUGGAGGGGUGGAAGAUUGUGGGAAAGGAGAGGGAGGGGAGGGUGGAGGAAUGGAAGAGGGGGAGUGCGUGUGGUGGGAGUUGGAUGAGAGGAAGGUCUGUCGCCACUACGCCAGGCAGCUGCUGGAAUCAGGUACCCCUCUCCCCACCCUUACGUCCCUCCCUCUUACCCCUAAACCCCAAGUCUCAAAACCCUGA